AUGGCUGCGGCGGCAUCGCCGCCGCCGCCCUUGGACGAUGUGUCCUCCGUCCUAGACGCCCUGGCCUACCUGCCCGGACACUUCCACCUGGACCUGAAGGUGAACGAGGAGCCCGUUGUCCCGGCCCCCCUGCGCGGCCGGGACCUGAAGCUCAAGCGGGACUGCCUGCGGGCCGAGCUGGGGGCCGGGGGGCCGCCGGGGGCCGGGGCCAACCUCCUGGGGGUCUUCGCCUUCCACCUGGACCAGCUGGCCGAGGCCCGGGACGCCUUCCUGGAGGUGGUCGGCGCCCAGCCCCGCAACCUCAACGCCUGGGCCAACCUGGCCGUCGUCUUGGACCGCCUGGGCCAGGAGGGAGAGGCGGCCCGCUGCGCCGAGACGCUGGCCGGCCUCAUGGGGCUGUCGUCGUCCGGGGGGCUGUCGUCCGGGGAGCCGGGGGAGCUGGCCCUCCGGGCGGCACGCUGCCUGGCAGAGCAGGGCUACGCUUACGCCUUCGACCUGGGCUUCGCCGACGACGCGGACCGGGCGGACAAGCUGUGCUCGGGCAUCGCGUUGUAUGAGCAGGCCCUGGCCUACGGGCGACAGGUGCCACUAGAGGAGAAGCGGAGCUGGUACUUCACCAUGGCCACCCUGCUCAUCCGGCUGGACGGGAUCUGGCUGAACCAGGGCCAGGCGGACGAGAAGCGGCUACCGUCCUUCAACCGGACCCUCCGCCUGCUCCAGCAAGUGGUGAAGUCAUCCAGCGUUCACCACCGAGCGCUGGGCUGGUGCUACCUAGGCAUGGUACUGGAGCGGACCCUGACCUUCGGGACCACGCCGAUGGGCGUGCACGACUGCGGCUACUCUGGGACUGACCCACUGGACUGCUACAGCAAGUCGAUCGAGCUGGCCAGGACGCAGCCCCACAUCCUGAACCGCCUGGCCAAGAUCUUCCACUUCCUGGGCAAGGACGACUUGGCCACUGGCACCUGCAACAUGGCACUGGACCUGCUGCCAGCGCCCGAAAAAAACUGGCAGACCUACUGCACCCGGGCCAAGAUCCACGUGAAGGCUUACCUGCGAGACCUGGAGAGAGCCAAGGCCGGGCUUGGGGGGCUGCCGGACCGCGGACACCUGUCCAGCGCCAAGGCCGACCUGGAGGGGGUUGUACGUGUGUGCCCAGGGCUCAAGGCCUUAGUGGACAUGGGCCAGGUGUACUACUACAUGGGCGUGGACGCCGUGCAGGAGCUGCUGACAGUGGACGAGGAGGCUCUGGACACGGCCCUGGUGUUCCUGGCCCGGGCGCUGGAGCUGGACCCGGGGGAUGCACUGCCCGAGGUGCAGCUGCUGCGGGGCAAGUGCCUACGCACCAAGGGCGAAGAGCGGAACGCGCUGCAGUGCUUCAAGCGUGCCAUCGAGCUGGACGACGCGGGCUCCGCGCUGACCGAGAGCUUCCGCUGCCUCAUGGAGACACUGCUCGGGCUGUUCGGUCAGGGCCGCCUGGGCGCCCGCGAGCUGGGCCGCGAGCUGGAUGUCUGGCUGGACGAGGCCGGGCGCAAGUACCCGUCCGGCCGGCUGCGGCGGGAGCUGCGCCUGGCAGUCCGGAGCCAUACCACCGAGGUGGUGGCCCUGGCUAAGGACCUGGUGGCCCAGGGACAGCUGGACCUGGUCCGGCUGCUGUUCGACACCGUGGGCGGCGGGCCGGACCGGCCGGCCGGGAGGUACCUCUCCGUCUGA